AUGAGCGAGGGAGGCCGCCACCAGGUCUUCAGCAGGGUGUUCCACCAGUGCAACCAGUGCGACCAGUGCUCAGGAAAGGCGGAAAGGGCCAUCAUGGGAGGAGAAGGAGCACGAGCAGGACAAGGAGGAAGAGAAGGAGGAGGAGGAGGUGAGCUGGAGAGGUGGAAGGAAGCCCCAGGUCAUCUCGUCCAACCCCCUGAAUGGCAGGAUUGAAACAAGGGGUGCUUUGAGUCCAGCCUUCCAGAUAAGACCCAAAGUGUGUGUGGAGGGGAGGGUGUUAAUAUUGUUUGUUGUUAAAUUCCCUGUUCAGAACUGGGUCCGUUAUUACUCUUCUCCCUUAUCAAAUUCAUAUGCUGCCCUUCCUCCAAGGAUCACAGGGUGGUCUGUAGUAUGAAAGCACAAAAUACAGGUAUACAUCCCAUAAUAAGGAACGAAGCAGUAGCACCCUUCUCAUGUAAAAGGCCAUAGAUGGGAGAAGAGGAACGUUUUUGCCUGGCGCCUCAAGUAUGUAUAAUGAAGGCACCAGGCAGACCCCACAAUUGGGGAGCCACUGCAGAGAAGGCCCCGUUCUCGUGAGAAGGGCCUCAGCGGAUGAUCUCAGUGGGUUCAUAUGGGGAGAGGCGGUCCUUGAGGUACUGCGGUCCUGAGCAGGCAUGGCCAAACGUGGCCCUCCAGCUGUUUUGGGACUACAGCUCCCAUCAUCCCUAGCUAACAGGACCAGUGGUCAGGGAUGAUGGGAGUUGUAGUCCCCAAACAGCUGGAGGGCCAAGUUUGGCCAUGCCUGGUUUAAGGCUUUAAAGGUCGAAACCAGCACUUUGAACGGGGAGCCAGUGCAGUCAGGCCAGUAAUCUAACCUAGACGUUACAAGUGCAUAGGCAGAAGUUAGGCUGCCCCUGUCCAGUUAGGGGCACAGCUGGGCCCCCAGACGAAGCUGAGGGGAGGCCUGCCAGGCCCCAGCGCCAUUCCAUCCUCCUGCCUAGAGAAAGCAGCGUCCCAGGAGUCUCUCUGGAGACACCUGGCCCCGUCCUUGCUGCCCAGUCUGGACCUGUGGGAUUGGUCCCAGCCACACAGCUGCUGGAUGCACAAAGGGGCCAGGAUGUGUCAGGGGACGGCCAGGAGGCUGUGUAUCGCUUGCCAGGCUCAUAACAUCACAGAGUUGGAAGGGACCCUGGGGGUCAUCCAGUCCAACCCCCUGCAAUGCAGGAACCUGCCCCCCAACGUGGGGCUCACACCUGACCCUGAGAUUCAGAGAUUUCAUCCUCUACCGACUGAGCUGCAGACAUUCGCUCUGUCCAGCCUGCUUUUGCCGACAGUCCCUAACUGGGCCCUGGGGGGCGGAGCUGCGCAACCUCCGGGUAUAAAGGCAGGGGGUCAGCCCCCAGCCUGGGCACUGUCAGCAGCUCCCAGCGACAGCCAAGGACCCCCAAGCCAGCCCUACGCAAGUGAGCGAGUGGGGGCCCCUUCUGGAGCGGGGUGGGGGGAAGGAGCCGCGGGUGGGGGACCCCCAGGCAAGCAAGUGGUCACCUUGGGUGUCCCACUGGGAGAGGGGGCACCCAAGCCACCCUCCGUUGCCUCUCACGGCCUCUCUGCGAAGGAAUGGGGGCAGCCCUCCGUUGCAUAGAAUUUCUGAGUCCCCCCCCACCCAAAAAAAACCCUCUCUCCACGUUUGGGGUUAUUAGCAGUGUGGGUCAAGGCGUAUGUGGCAGACCCUUGAAAUGCUACCUUCCUGGGGAGGGUGGGUGGGGGGCGCCACUUUGGAGGUCCCUGGAGGAGGCAUGAGAGGGGAGCGUGUCUUUUGGGGGUGCAGAAAGGGCCCCCCAUCUCUCCAGCCCCAAGGCGCCAGCUGCUCUCCUUUUCUGCCUUGAGCCAGAGGCCGGUGACAUUUCCCUGCGACCAGAAGAGAUGGGGGGGGCACUUCUAUUUUUAAUCCUGGCAGCUGCUCCGUCCUCCCCUUCCCCCUCUCUGCCAGCGCUGGGUCCCUGAGUGGCGGAAGAGGGUCCCAGGCCGGUGGGCUUGGCGCUCUCAGGGUGAAGCCUUGCUCCUUUUGCAGUUACUGCAUUUAUGGCACUGAUACGCCUCCUGGUCCUGCAAGCACCUCAUUUAAUUCCAACAACCCUGCGAGGCAGCCUGGGCUGAGGUGGAGUGACUCGCCCAGCGACACCCACAGAUGAGAAUCGGACUUGGUCUCUCCCCAGUCCCAGUCUGGCCCUCUAACCACUGCCCCACGCUGCUUGGGAGAGGCCUCCCUGCAGACUUGGGCUCUGGAAACCCCAGGAGGGGAGAGUGUUCCUCUUGCCCCCGGAUCCUGGUUUUGGCUUUCCCGUAAUGUGCAUCUGGUUGGCCCCUGUGAUUCUGGACCGAACUGGGUCCCUUUUGACCCAGGACCGUCUGCUGUUCUUGUGGAACCUCCAGCUCCAGAGGCAGUCUAUCUCGAUUCCUUGCUUCUAUGGGGGAUUUGGACCCUUUGCGGACAGGGUGCUGGGCCAGAUCCUUUGGGCCUGAUCCAGCGGGCCCUCCUUCCCUUCUUAGCGUGAGACCAGCCUCCUGGUUCAUGGACUUGUGGAAUCGUAGAAUUGAAAGGGACCGCGAAGGACAUCUAGUCCAAUCACAAUUAAAGCAUCCCUGUGGCAGUUCAGCCCCCCAAACUUUGCCAGGGCAAAGGUGGCGCUGGGAGGCAGGAGGCUGACCCUCACUGACCCCCUCCCUCUGACCCCCCCUUCAGGCAUGUCUAUCCAGAAGAUCCACGCUCGCGAGAUCCUCGACUCCCGGGGGAACCCCACGGUAGAAGUCGACUUGGAGACAGCCAAGGGUGAGUCGUGUGGGCAGGGGAGCCCCUGCGGGCAAGGGCAGGGCAUGUUCUCUUGGGGGGAGGGAGCCAGGGAGGGCAGGGAGGGUGCUGGCCGUCUGGCGCCCGACUGACCCUCCUCUCUGCCCUCUUCUCCAGGCCACUUCCGGGCUGCCGUGCCCAGCGGUGCCUCCACCGGCAUCUACGAGGCCCUGGAACUCCGCGAUGGGGACAAGAGCAGGUACCUGGGCAAAGGUGAGGGGUCACCCGGACGUGGCGGCUCACGGAGCGGGGAGGGGGGUGCGAGUCGGUGCCCCAGGGAACAUCAAGAUUAGGAGGAAGGGAAGCGGGGCCGAGUGGCAAUGACACUUUUAAGUUCUCUGCUUGCAAGAUGUGCUGUGGAUCUGCGGAACUCCCUGCCACUGGACGGUUACGAACAGCUUGAUGUCCAUGAGGGGCUUUGGACGGCUGCUGCCUGCAAGGGCUGGAAGGACCAGGGUUCAGGGAAUGGGUGGGGGCUUCCUGCCUCCAGAUAGGGGCAGGCCGUCUCUCUGUGCCCCCUUGCUUGGGGCAACUGGCCAGAUGUGGAGUUGGAGGGAGUGCUGGCCAGACCCAAGAGCCCAGUUCCCGGCUCCUCUCUUCCAUUGCACCCUCUCCAGACGCACCACCGUAGAACUACCCGCCUGCUCCAAGCCCCAGAAGCCUCUUCUCUUCGUAUUUCCUUUCCUCCUCUGCCCCAUUGGCCCUGAUUCUGCCCCAUGUUUAGGGUAGUGUGGGUGGGAGUGUGCUUGUUCCCCUGCGGGGUCACCCCUCCAUCCCCUCACCCGUCCGUUCUGCCCGCAGGGGUGUUGAAAGCCGUGGAUCACAUCAACAAGACCAUCGCCCCCGCCCUGAUUGAGAAGGUGAGAGGGAGAGGGUGGGACCUGGGCAGGGCUUUGUGGGGGGGGGCGGUCACCCUGAGCAGCGCUGGGCUCUGGGGUCACCAAACUGUGCCGUAGGAAGGGACCCCCAAGGGCCAUCUAGCCCAACCCCCCACAAGGCAGGCAAAAUAGCAGGAAUCAGAGACAUAAAGAGAAAGAGAGAGAGAAGCUGGGUUCUGGGGUGGCGGGCAGAAGCCCUUUCCUACAGCCCCACAGAAAACCCUCAAAGCCCCUGCCCCCAGGACCAGGACCUUGCAGGGUCAAAGAGCCCCCAGGGAGUCCCCAGGCAGCCAGGAUACCCCCCCCUUAACUGAGCAAAGAAUCCUUUUAAAAUUAUUUUUAUUAUUUUAUUUUUAAACUUUUUUCUUAACAUCUUUAUUGAAAGUUCAAAAAGCACAUAACUAUACGUGCACCAAACGUGGUGAGACACAAACGAAAAGGAGAAACAGAACCCGAACCCUUGUCCCAAAGGCCUUUUAUCGGGCGCAACUCCCCCCCCCGCCCCCAUUUAUUCCCAGUUUCAUGGGGUUCUUACUGGUUGGUGGGUGGGAAGGAGAGGCCAGCUGGGCAGAAAGGAACUGGGGGAGGAAAACCCAAGGGAAGGGAGGGGGGUCUCUCAGGGUUGGGCUAGAUGUCCGGGGGGGCUGUCACUCCCAACUCUAUUAUUCUAUAUGCUCUGAGUUUAAAAUUUUGUUCUGCAGCCUCCCCUUUGCAGCCCUGCUUUUUGUUUCUCAGGUGAGGGGAGUGGAGAGUGGAGAGACUCUUUAGCGUGUGAAACUUUUCAUCUCAGGGUUGUGGGUUCGAGCCACAGGUCGGGCAAAAGAUAGAUAGAUAGAUAGAUAGAUAGAUAGAUAGAUAGAUAGAUGAUAGAUAGAUAGAAAGAUAGAUGGCCCUGGGGUGGGGGUCCCCCUUCUUCCAACUCUACGAUUUUAUCUGGCUCCUUUUAUCUGGCCCCCUUUGGCUCCUUUUAACUUUUGGCCCACACGCCUUAAGACUCUCUGAGUUUCCCUAUCAGACUUCCAACCUCCGUGCAGGAAAGGUGCCAGGUCAGGAUUCGAACCCGUGUUCCCGGGAAACAAACACAUUCCCUUUUCUCUCUCCUCUCUUAGAAGCUGAGCGUUGUGGAUCAGGAGAAAAUCGACAAGCUGAUGCUGGAGAUGGACGGGACAGAGAACAAAUGUAAGCGGGGGCCUCUUCUACCUCACCCCCUCCUGCCCCACUGACUUCUCCCGCACCCCCUCACCCAGCACCCCAUCUUUUGCUCCCCACAGCCAAGUUUGGGGCCAACGCUAUCCUGGGCGUCUCCCUCGCCGUCUGCAAGGCGGGCGCCGCUGAGAAGGGCAUCCCCCUCUACCGACACAUCGCAGACCUGGCUGGCAACAAGGACCUCAUCCUGCCCGUGCCAGUGAGUGUCCGGGGAGGGGCGGGGCGGGGGGGGUGUCUGGAGCCAAGGCCCCUCUCUUUUGGGGGUGCAGUGCAGGCUCCCAGAGGACUGGAUCGGAUUAAUAUAUCAGCAACACCAAAGGGGAAACGUAGCAAAAAGGACCAAAAAUAUCAACCGUAAAGCUGUAGAUUGCCCUGUGAUGUUUGGAUGAAGUGUGGCAUAUAAUAAUAAUAAUAAUAAUAAUAAUAAUAAUAAUAAAGUGCAAAGAUGCAUUGCGGCUCCAAAUGGAUUAUCGGGUUUCAGCUGAUACAAAGGUUCCCUUUGCAAAUAAUCAGAGAUUUAUUUAUUUUUCAACAAGUGAGUCCACACCCCCCCCUAUUUUUGAGAAGGAAGGGUCUCUCUCAGGGCGGCCCAACUUCUCAUACUAAGGGGGUCGCAAGAGAUCUUCAACCAGCCAGGAACCUGCCCCCCCACCUUCUUGUGUGGAGUGGGGGGGAGCGAGGCCCAAAUUUGACACCCCCAGCCCCAGCUCCUGUGCUUUCUCCCCAAAGACGGGGAAGGGAGGUUCUGGGCUUUGGCAAGGAGGCAUAAGGCUCUGUCAGGCGGGGGGUGGUUUAGAGCGCCCCACCUCCACCCCCAAAGCCCAGCACCUCCCUUCUCUGUCUUUGGGGAGGGGGCUGGCAGGGUGGGGGGUGUCAAAGAUGCUCAGGGCCCUGAUCUGGAUAAAGAGUCUCUAUGGGGUCGGGGUUCGAGAUGAGACAGUUGCAACCCUUUGCUGGAAACAGGAAGGGAGAGUUGCUCUCGCCUUUGAAUCUUGCUUGGGGGGCUUUCCAGUGAGAAGAGGGGGCUGGACUAGGGGACCCCCCUCUGGCCUUAUCCCACAUGCUCUUCCAAUGUUCUUAAAGGAGCUGGACAUUUGCAUACAUGCUAAUGGCACUAAGAUUUGCAGGAGGACAGAAUAAUUGCCACACACAAGGAGAGAAUUUGAACACUUCACCUGUAGGUGUAAAAUCAGUACGAAUGAAAUUCGUCAAAACUGCAGUUGCGAUAUAAGGGAUUGUUAUUUUGACUGGAACGCAAUUGGAAUUUAUAAGAUUUUGGCGCGCAGGAAUAAAGUAAAUCAUCAAACCAUCAAUUAUUGCAUUGGGGCAGGGACCUAAACUGUAUACCUUAUUGGCCUGAAUAUAAGCCGCACCUGCAAAUUAAAAUUUGGGGGGGCGGAGAGAAUAUCCGAAUAUAAGCCAUUCCCCUAAAAUUCCACAGGCACUCAGACCCGUUCCAUUUUACCGUCUGUCUGUUUCAGCAGCGAUAUCGUAAGGUCGCGAAUUUUUGUAAGGUCGCGAAUUAAAGCCGCACUUUAACUUUCCACGGUUGGAAUUUUGGGGGGAAAGUGCUGCUUAUAUUCAGGCCAAUACGAUAAUUUGUCAUCUCAAUGAUUGGUAUUACUCAUAGUAUUAUAAUUUGGCACUGUUAUAAAGAGGCUAUUAUUGGCUUGUUGUAAUUGAAAACUAAUAAAAAUGAUUGUAUAAAAAAAGAAGAUUUGCAGGAGAAAUGAAAUUAUGCCAUACAGUAUAUAUAUAUAGAGAGAGAGAGAGAGAGAGAGAGAGUUCUUCAGGCUCUGCCCUUUAGCUUGUGAGAUGUCUCUGGGAGGCCACCCGUCCCGAUCCUGAAGACUGGCAGUCUUUGGGACGGAUCCUGACCCCUUCCUCCUGCCCCCCCUUGCCCCCGCCAGGCCUUCAACGUGAUCAACGGAGGCUCCCACGCCGGGAACAAGCUGGCCAUGCAGGAGUUCAUGAUCCUGCCCGUGGGCGCCAGCAACUUCAAGGAGGCCAUGCGGAUCGGGGCCGAGGUCUACCACAACCUGAAGGCCGUCAUCAAGAGCAAGUAUGGGAAGGAUGCCACCAACGUGGGCGACGAGGGCGGCUUCGCCCCCAACAUCCUGGAGAACAACGAAGGUAGCGCCUUGGGCGAGGAGGCAGGCUACUUUUAGCGGGUGGCAGGCAGCGGGGUUAGGGUUUCACGCCACCCUCGCCCUUUAAACGCCGCCAUGGCCGGAAUUAGCUCGGCGGCUGUAACCGGAGCUUCGGGGAAAGGGCAGCGGGGAGAUACCACUGGGCUCGCCCUCAAGGGUCAGCUUCCUGCGGGAAGGAACCCGCGGCUGAAGGCCCAGGCAGACGAAUUCGGAAUACUGCAGGUGGUUCUGGUUGCCUCGCCUCAAAAAGGACAUGGAAAAAAGGCAGCCUGAAAGGUCAAGGGAGGGGGGCAGGGACUCCCCUGUGAAGGAAGGGGGCAGAUUUGGGGGCUUUUCAGUUUAGAGGAAAGGCGAGGAAGAGGCCACAAGAUGAUUUGAUUUAUUGUGUUUCUUUAUGCUGCUUUUCAUUCAAAUGAAUCUCAUUUCGGACAAGAAAUAACCAUAACAUAAUAGCGCAUCGCGAAUGCAUCACAUAAAACGAUUAAGAAAUUAUCGAUAAAACGGUUGCAAUCCAUAAAAAACUUAAUGAAACAGCAACUAGAAAUGAACCGUCUCACAAUUGCAGCAAGUUGUGUGGUUGACAAAUCAAUGCGGCGUUUAGAAUCUAUAAAACAAUAUUUUAAAAACAUGAACAAAAUUGCAACUAAAAAUAUAAGAUGGAAUUACGCAGAGAGAAUCGUUUCCCUCCUCCUCUUGUGGGCAUCCGAGGAAGGUGAAUGUGGGGAGAAAAGAAAGCUGUCCUGUUGCGGAGUUAAACUGCCAGAGGCAGCGAUGGAUUUCCAAGAGGAGGAGACCAAUUUCUGGAGGAAAGGGCGAUUGAGGGCUUCCCAGCCACCAUGGCUCUGUCUAAAAAGCCAGAGGAAGCCCUGCUUUUGAAUCCCAGUUUCUGGAAACCGCAGGAGGGGAGAGGGAUGCUCUUGUGUUCAAAUCCUGCUUCUGGGUUUCCCGUAAUGGGCGCCUGUUUGGCCCCUGUGAGGACAGGAGGCUGGACCGGAUGGGCCUCCUUUGGCCUGAUCCUGCAGGCUCUCCUUAAGGCUUCUGUAUCUCGGUUGCUGGAAGCCCCCCGAAGCGAAGGGCUCUUGGUCUUGGCUUCUGCUCUGGGGCUUUCUGCCCUGGGAAGAGAUGCUCUUUGUACUGGGGCACCCCAAUUUCUCACUCUCUCCUGCCGUCCCCCCGCCAGCCCUGGAGCUCCUCAAGAGUGCCAUCGAGAAGGCCGGCUACUCGGACAAAGUGGUCAUCGGCAUGGACGUGGCGGCCUCCGAGUUCUUCCGCAAGGGCAAAUACGACCUGGAUUUCAAGUCCCCCGACGACCCCAACCGCUACAUCUCCGGCGACAAGCUGGGGGAGCUUUACCAGAGUUUCAUCAAGAACUACCCUGGUGAGAGAGAUGGCCAAGUUGCUUCUGGGUGACACAAAAACCAGGGGACCCAAUCCCACUGAAAUAUCUCUUCCUUUAAAAAUAAAAAUUAAAAUAAUUUUUAUUAUUAAAAUAAUUCAACAUUAAUACAGACAUGUCACGAAUAUACAAACAUACAUUUCAUACAAUCCUUAAGAAUAUUCAGACAUUCCCACACUCAAUCCCACAAGUACUUCCUUUUCCCACCACCGUCCCUCUCCCCACCCUUGUGGUAAACUUCCAAUCUACUCAAUUGCAAUUUCUUUCCACUUCUAUUACUUUCUUUCAUAUACUUUAAAACCAAUUUUCUGCUUCUUUUUCUGUUUCACAUUGUUAUACAUCUUACUUAGUAUUUCAGUAUUUAUAACGGAACUUGUUUAUUCUAAUAGGAGUUCUGGUUUUUCAAUAUGAUUUUGCAAGUAUCCUUUAAACACCUUCCAGUCCUUGUCUAUUUUCUCUUUUGAAAUAUCUCAUUUUGUAACUCUGCGGAACUCCCCGCUUAGGAUUGUGCUCUUAGAGGCCGUCCUAGCUCCUUUCCUGGACCGCUUCCCACAUCCGUGGCGAGGGACAAGCUCUCUGUGCAUGCCCAGGGGCGCUCUCUUCACUCCUCCGGCCCCACUGGGUUGACUGGGAGCGGCCGCCAAGACCAUAUAACACCGGGAAAGACCUACACUGGCUCCCAGGACGUUUCCGAGCACAAUUAAAAGUGUUGGUGCUGACCUUUAAAGCCCUAAAUGGCCUCGGCCCAGUAUAUCUGAAGGAGCGUCUCCACCCCCAUUGUUCUGCUCAGACACUGAGGUCCAGCGCCGAGGGCCUUCUGGUGGUUCCCUCCAUGUGCAAAGUGAAGUUACAGGGAACUAGGCAGAGGGCCUUCUCGGUGGUGGCACCCGCCCUGUGGAACGCCCUCCCACCAGAUGUCAAAGAGAAAAAUAACUACCAAACUUUUAGAAGACAUCUAAAGGCAGCCCUGUUCAGGGAAGCUUUUAAUGUUUAAUAGGUCAUUGUAUUUUAGUGUUUUGUUGGAAGCCGCCCAAAGUGGCUGGGGGGACCCAGCCAGAUGGGUGGGGUAUAAAUAAUAAAUUACUAUUAUUAUUAUAAUUAUUAUUGUCCAUAUGGAGGCGAGCCUGAGGGCUCUGGGCAGGAGGUGUGGGGCAGAGCGGGGAGAGAGAUGUCUGGGGGCGUGCUGGCCUGUAACACCAUCCCUUCCCUCCCCACCUCGCUGCCCCAGUCGUCUCCAUCGAGGACCCCUUUGACCAGGACGACUGGGAGACGUGGUCCAAGUUCCUGACGCAGGUGCAAAUCCAGAUUGUGGGCGACGACUUGACCGUCACCAACCCCAAGCGCAUCCAGCAGGCGGUGGAGAAGAAGGCCUGCAAUUGCCUUCUGCUCAAAGUCAACCAGAUCGGCUCUGUCACCGAGUCCAUCCAGGCGUGAGUGUCCGGGGAGGCAGGGUGUCCUCUGGGGAGGGGCGAUUGCGGCAGGGGCAGGAUAUCCCGGGACACCCCCCAAACCGUCUCCUCCUUCCUUCCCAGCUGCAAGCUGGCCCAGAGCAACGGCUGGGGCGUCAUGGUGAGCCACCGCUCCGGGGAAACCGAGGACACCUUCAUCGCCGACUUGGUCGUGGGUCUCUGCACAGGGCAGGUGAGAGGACCAGGGUGGGGAUCAGCCGGUGGAGAGGGGGUGCCUGUAUCCCCCCCCAACUCCCCAUUUUAGGACGCGUUCCCCUGCUUGGCCUGUUUCCCCAUUCAGGGCUCCUUCCUGUAUUCUGGGGGGUGGGACUGUGUGGGUUUUAAACUUCACAAGGCGUCCCGAGCGAUGCGCCAAUAGGGCCCAGUGCACGUUUUGCCAAUCGAUAUAUCAAUAUCUUUGGUGCCUUUUUGCAGAUCAAGACCGGAGCUCCCUGCCGCUCCGAGCGCCUGGCCAAGUACAACCAGCUGAUGAGGUGAGGAGAUAGAAUUGGAAAGGGUCCCCCAGGGGUCAUCCAGCCCAACCCAGAACCACAGCUCCAGAAUCCAUGGCAAACUCUCCUUAAACACCUCCAAGGGAGGAGAGCCUAUCAUCUUCCAAGGGGCUCCAUUCUACGGUCAAAUAGCUUUUACUGUCAGAAAGCUCUUCCUGAUGUUGAGUCAGAAUCUCCUUUCUCGUAACUUGACGCCAUGAGUUCGAGUCCUCCCUUAUGGAGCUGCGGAAAACAAGCUUGCUCUAUCUCGCAAGCAGCAGCCCUUGAGAUAUCUGAGAUGGGCCCUGGAUCUUCUCCAGGCUAAACAUCCCUGUUCCUCCUGAGUCUUGCUUUCCAGACCCGGCACUGAUCUUGCUCCCCGUCUGCCUUCCUUGCAGGAUCGAGGAGCAGCUGGGAGACAAAGCGGUGUUUGCCGGCCGCAAAUUCCGCCACCCUCUGGCCAAGUAG